AUGUCCCCCGGGGCCAGCGUCAGCGCCCUGCAGCGCCUGGUGGAGCAGGUCCAGGCCUCCCAGGCAGCCGCAGAGCUUCAGCGGUGCUGCCUACAGAAGGCCUGCCAGGAGGCCCUGCGGGUGGGCGUUCCCGAGGGAGGCAACCCCUUCCGGGAGCCCGGGUCCUGCGCUUCCUUUUACAUAGAAAAGAAGUUCGCUGAGGAAUGCCUCCAAGUCUCAAGAAAACACUUUUCUCUAGCCAAAUGA